UUUCGAUUGCACCGUGGUGUUCUUUUUAUCAAAGUGUCAAAAAUUAAGAUUUUUGGAAACUGUUUUGGUUGGCAAUAGACGAUUAGCUCGGUAUUGAUCCCUUUGCGGUGCUUAUUUCCGCCAGGAAGACGCAUUCUAAGUGAACAUUCGAAUAUACCAAAAUGCAUACCGAUUAGUGACCGUAGUGUGUUGGUUUAAUAAGGGAUAAAAUGUUAUCAAAGAACCGCGCAACAAAUUGUGCAGCGGGCAACAGAUUUAUGACCAUAAUAUCACUAUCGUGGAAAUGAUAAGAAACUAGACUAGAACCAACAUUGCAGUAAUCAGACGGUCAUACAAAGGCGGAUCUCUGAUCUAUAGUGAUAGUGUCCUUGGUACAUAUAGUGUAAAUUGCGGACAUUCCUUGAUCAAAAACAUUGCUAAUAGUGCCAUAUUAGUGAAUCCAGAGAAAAAGUGACUGCUUCAACCAGCUGGUUUUAUAACUACAUAAGAAGGGAAUCUUCACUACAUGCGGUGAUAAGAGUGUUAUCUCCCCUCGGCUCUCGUUGCCAAAUCAAAGUCAGUGACGGCUGAGUAACGAAUUUAUAUCAGCCGCAGGCAUCUGCAGCACCAGAAAUGAGGUGUAGCAGCAGGAGCAGCGAUUGUCUGCAUAAGUGAUUUGCAAGCCUUCUUGCCGUCAUCACGGUCGUCACUAUAUAGAAGUGUCGUUCGCCGAGCAGCGAAAGAACCGCGCGAGGGAAGGCAAGUGAAGGUCGUUUCGGUAGUGAGUGCAGCUAACUGCGAAGAAACGGGUAGAACACGCCUGAAGGGAAAACAGCUGGCAGCGCCCGAACUGUGAACUCCAAAGAAUAAUGCGAAUUACCGCGAGUGUUAGAACUUUGACUUGUUUUGGUCGUGCUUUGGUUGUUCGUUGAUUUGUUUGUUUCGUUUGCUCAUCAUAUUUAUUACUUCUAGGAACAGUUUUGUUUUCGUUAGUGUUGUCGAUCUUCCGUAUCACAUUGUUUGCGAAUAAAGUUCAUUAUCGAUUUGUGUUAUGUUUAGACAGUUUAUGUAGUUUAUUAUUUUUGUUGAAUCGAAUCGUGAGUUUCGGUAGAUCAAAAGAAGCACAAAACCAUGCGGGUCGUGGCGCUUGUGAGCGGUGGCAAAGACAGCACCUACAAUAUGAUGCAGGUGACUGCCGAAGGGCAUCAGGUGAUCGCCCUGGCCAACCUGCACCCUAAAGACAAAGAUGAACUGGAUAGCUACAUGUACCAGACGGUAGGACACCAAGGCAUAGAGAAAUUGGCUCAAGCCAUGGAAUUACCUCUGUACCGAAAAAUAACGCGAGGCAAUUCUAUCAACACCAAGGGCAAUUACGAACCAACGGAAGACGAUGAGGUUGAAGAUCUCUACGAGCUGCUCCGGCAGGUCAAAGAAGAGCAGAAUGUAGAAGCGGUCGCAGUUGGAGCUAUCCUGUCCGAUUACCAACGAGUACGAGUUGAGAAUGUGUGCAAUCGUCUCCAGUUGAUAUCACUGGCCUACCUGUGGCGACGAGAUCAAACCGAACUGCUACAAGAAAUGAUCGACUGUCAGGUGUACGCAAUCAUCAUCAAGGUGGCCGCCCUGGGGCUCAUCCCUGAUCGACAUCUGGGUAAAUCGCUCAAAGAGAUGCAGCCCCAUCUGCUGAGUAUGAAGGACAAAUACGGGUUAAACGUUUGCGGCGAAGGUGGCGAAUACGAGACCUUCACAUUGGAUUGUCCCCUUUUCAAGAGCCGCAUCGUUGUAGACGACGUUCAGACGGUGAUAAGUUCCGCCGAUCCGGUCUGUCCGGUAGGGUACCUUAAUUUUACCAAACUCCGACUGGUGCCAAAGGACCGAACCGAGACGGUAGUGGUGAAGAAUUCACUCGACUUCAUCGCUGAUCUAAACGAGAGUAGCUAUAGUGACUUAAGCGAUCCAGAUCUAAGUGAAACAGAGCUGGAACUGAUAGAGAAGGUGACCAAUGCCAAGGCGGUUACGAUGCGUACUUCGUUCAGCAAGGACGAUCUCACGGCGGAUGGUCCUACCGGAGUAUCCCGCAGUAAUAGCAUUACCAAAGAUUUCGCCACAGAAGUGAUUCAGCUGCCGCGAUCACCAGUCAAGAUACUCACCAAGCGACUUAGCAUAGAUGGAAACAGUGGGAGCGGCGGCGGUGGUGGAACUGCUACUCAAGAUACCAAGUUGGUGUACGAACGGGAACAGGAGCCACUGACGAAUGAACCUCGGGCAAUCGUGAAUUCCAAAGGGUGGAUGUGGGUGGCUGGAGUUCAAGGGGUGGCCCAAACAUCUAGUCAAGCGAUGGAAAUCGCCCUCAAAUCGCUGGAAGACCUUGUAACCUCAAAUUCGUUCACACUACGCCAGAUAUGCUACAUUACCUUGUACGUGAGAGACAUGAACGAAUAUUCCUAUCUUAACGAAAUUUAUUCGGAAAAAUUCGGCUUCACGAAUCCUCCAACUAGGGUUUGCGUAGAAUGUCCUCUUCCCGAGAAUUGCCACGUUGUGUUGGAAGCGGUCGCAUUCAAUCCCGAAAAAUCUAUAUCUGAACUGGAACAUAAAAGACACACAAUGCAUGUCCAGGGUAUCUCUCACUGGGCUCCUGCUAACAUUGGUACUUAUAGUCAAUCGACGAAGGUGGGUCAUAUAACCUACAUAUCGGGUCAAAUUGCGCUUGUCCCGGGUAGCAUGACCAUCAUUGAGGGUGGCAUCAAGCAGCAAUGCAAGCUCACGUUGCGCCAUGUUAGCCGGAUAGCGAAAGCAAUGCAUGGUCAAGGUCAGCUACGGGAUGUCGUUCAGGGAAUUUGUUUUGUAACUCACCCGAGUUACAUUUAUGAAGCCCGGAGGCAAUGGGAACGGCGGACAGCUAACGCAAUCAUAGAUUACAUCGUAGUACCAGCAUUACCUCGAGGAGCCCUCGUUGAGUGGCAGGUCUGGGCUCACACACAUAACGACAAGUUUGAUUAUGAGGAGACUGGUUGUUCCAUAGGAGAUUAUUCAAUUUCUAUACGAAGACGUUGGAAUUACGAAAAUAAUUGUGCAUCUGUAGUCUGCUAUGUAUCUACUGGCCUGGCAACAUCAACGACCAAACUGGCGGAAUUGAGCGAUGACUUCCUUCAGCACCACCAUCAACUUGCCCAAAGCUUCAGUCGAGAGCAAAUCCACGAUACGAUAGCCUACGUGCUGCGGAAACUGCUCCAAGAUUAUCCAGUGGGGAACAGCCCGACGAACGAGUCCGGUUCUUCAUCAUCGGACGAACAGAACCACCAUAACAGUCAUCACCCACAGUACCAUCAUCAAGUGAGUCACCACAGAACGGAAGGAGCAGAACCAAAAACCGAAUGCGGCAAACCGACCGUUCACUUGCGCUUCUUCUAUCAGGUUUCGUCGAUUGCGUCCGUCCAGCUGCUAGUGGAAGCAAUCGAAAGUUUUCUUAGCUUACCGUCCAACACGGCCCGGAUUGCGUAUACCGUAGUUCCGGCGUGCCAUUUGCAAAACUUUAGCACCUUUAUUUCGAUUUGUGGCCUGCGGCAUCACGAAUAAAUUUAUUAGAAAAAAAAAGAAGCCAACGAGAUUGUCAUGUCAGCGCUUAUUUGCUAUCAACUUUUUACACAACUACGACAUUUUCCAAUUUUACAUGUUACUCAAAACUAAAGUUUAAACAGAUUAAUAUAACAAGUGGAGGUUUUUUCCCUGCUGUUGCGAUAAGGGAAGAGGAAAAGGAGCGAAAUAAUGAAAAAAUCAAAAUUUAAAGUCAGGUUCUAGCGACAGUUCAGCGUGUCAGCUAAAAAAUGUUCACGAAGCAUCCUAAGCUCAGGUGGAUUGUUCACGGAUCGCUUAUCUUACUCGAAGUCAGCUAAAAGUAUAUAUAAUAUAUUACAUGUUAAUAAAAAAAAAGUAAUUGAUGAUCCAAUGCAAAAUAA